CAGAGACAGUGGUGAAGAAAUCUGUUAAUAAUGUUAAAUUGUGACUAAAAUAUGAUUCAGUAUUUUAAUGUUAAGAAACGAAAUCAUUAUAAUGUAUAUAAGAUUUAAAAUGACGUCAAGUCUUUAAAGGUCUGAAAUCAGCUGAAGAUGUUUAGUCUGCGUCUGCGUCCGUGGCUUCAGUCGGGGUUUCAGGUCUGCUGUGUUUCCCGCCACAGCGUUCACAAACUGGCUUCCCUCCACAAAGCCUCGACUCUGCCUCAGAAGAAAGUCCAAAGCUUAAUUUACCCCUUCAGUCAGCUGGAUGCUUACCUGGACAGGUCUGUGGACAGGACGGCGUUCCAGCUCUUUCAUCCCAGCGUGGACGAUGUUAUUAAAGCAGAGAAGCUCUUCUGCUCCUCUUCAUCUCAUAAGAUCGAUUACCACAUCUCUGCAGAGAGGAUGGAGCAAAUACCUGCCAUGAAACAGCCAGAGGUGUGUUUCAUCGGCAGGAGCAACGUUGGGAAGUCGUCUCUCAUCAAAGCUUUGUUCUCUCUGGCUCCAGAGGUCGAAGUCAGAGUCUCCAAAACUCCAGGUCACACGAAGAAGAUGAACUUCUUCAAAGUGGGCAAAGCUUUCACCCUCGUCGACAUGCCGGGUUACGGACACAGAGCUCCCAAAGACUUUGUGGACAUGGUGGAGCCGUACCUGUACGCCAGGAAAAAUCUUGCCAGGACAUUCCUGCUGGUCGAUGGCAGCGUUGGUCUUCAGACGGCCGACAGGAUCGCUCUGGAGAUGUGUGAGGAGACCAGACGUCCAUAUGUGAUGGUGGUGACAAAGAUUGAUAAAUGCGGGCGCGGAGCUCUGCUGACAAACUUACUGAAUCUUCAGGAUGUGGUAAAAACACAGACCACAAGCUGCUUCCCCCAGCCGUUCCUCGUCAGCUCCAUGGAGUUUUCGGGGAUCUACCUCCUGAGAUGCUUCAUUGCACACAUAACAGGAAGUAUCAGGUUAACAGACACUUCUCAAAGCUGAUCAGAGACCAGCUUUAACCUCACUGAGUGGAACCAGGACUUUGAUCUUUGUAGAAUAAAAAAACAAAGAAAAGGACUCAUGAUUUGAAAGAACUCUACGUUGUAAAGUGUUAAAUACAGCUGGAUGUGGGCAAAGGUCUGACUGUAGAAACGCCUUUU